AGCCCACACAGGGACACUCUUUCCCCUGGAAGAUUCUGUACAGGACCGCGCCACUGCUCCAGGUGUAAAAAUGCCCAGAGAGUUCACCGAGGAGGAGCUGGAGGAGGUCCGACUGGCUUUCAACAAUGUGGACGUGGAUGGCAACGGGUACGUGACAGCCUCAGAGAUUGCAGGGCUCUUUCAGGAGCUGGGAAAACCGAUGCCCGGGUACAAGAUCCGAGAGCUGCUAGAGUCUCUGGACAGGGACAAAGACAGUCGCAUUAGCCUGGAUGAGUUCACCGAAAUUUUCCGUGAUGUUAAAGAUAACACAAUGGCCUCUGCGUUUAAAAGUGCUCUGAAACAGAAAGAGGGAAUCGUCUCCAUCGGAGGAACCAGCGAAAUCUCCAGUGCUGGGACUACACACACUAUUGGAAUGGAAGAGCGUCAUGCUUUUGCAAACUACAUAAACGUGAGUCUGAAGGACGAUCCAGACUGUUCACAUUUACCCAUCGACCCCAACAAUGACUCACUCUUUAAGGCUGUCUCCAAUGGGAUUAUUCUAUGUAAGCUGAUAAACCACUCCGUUCCUGACACCAUCGACGAGAGGACGAUUAACAUUGAGAAACUGACUGCUUUUACCAUCCAGGAAAACUUGAAUCUGGCGCUGAACUCUGCGUCUGCAAUCGGAUGUCAGGUGGUGAACAUCGGAGCCUCAGACCUGAAGGAGGGAAAACCCCACUUGGUGCUGGGGCUGCUCUGGCAAAUCAUCAGGAUCGGGCUGUUUGCCAAUAUAGAAAUUAGCAGGAACGAAGCACUGGCGGCCUUGUUGCAGGAGGGAGAGACAUUGGAGGACCUGAUGCGCCUGAGCCCAGAAGAGCUUCUGCUGCGAUGGAUGAACUUUCAUCUGAAGAAAGUUGGAAUCACCGUCAACAACUUCUCCUCUGACGUCAAAGACUCUGUGGCGUAUUUCCACCUUCUCGAGGCAAUUGCUCCAGAUGGCAGCCAAGAAGACGAGCCCAAAAUUGAUAUAGACAUGAAUGGAUGUUAUCUUGGGGACAAUACAAAGCGAGCAGAGAGCAUGCUGGUGGAGGCAGACAAACUGGGCUGUCGACAGUUCGUUACCGCGGGUGACGUGGUAAGCGGGAAUGCCAAACUCAACAUGGCAUUCGUCGCUACGCUGUUCAACAAAUACCCAGCCUUGACCAAACCGGAAAACCAGGACUUCACUCUUGAGAGUGAAACGAGAGAAGAAAGGACUUUCAGAAACUGGAUGAACUCACUUGGAGUCAACCCGCACGUCAACCAUUUGUACGGUGAUAUACAGAGUGGCUUGGUGAUCUUCCAGCUUUAUGAGAAAACCAAGGUUCCUGUAAACUGGGACAGAGUGAACCGCGGACCUUUCAAACAACUUAUUGGUGGAAACAUGAAAAAGGUGGAGAACUGUAACUAUGCAGUGGAGCUGGGCAAAACCAAAGCUGGAUUCUCAUUGGUUGGAAUUGGAGGAGAAGAUAUUUAUAAUGGUGUCCAAAAUCUAACGCUAAGUCUGAUCUGGCAACUCAUGAGAAGAUACACUUUGAACGUCCUAUCAGAUCUCGGUGAUGGUGAAGUGGCUGGUGAGGACUUAAUCGUGUCAUGGGUGAAUGAGACUCUACAGGCAGCAGGAAAAAGCUCAUCAAUCAAAAGCUUUAAGGACUCAGGGAUCAGCAGCAGUGAGCCCAUAGUGGACCUAAUCGAUGCCAUCCAGCCCUCCAGUAUCAACUUUGACCUGGCUAAAAGAGGAGAUGAUCUGACGGAUGAAGACAAGCUGUCCAACGCCAAAUAUGCGAUCUCUAUGGCCAGAAAAAUCGGUGCCAAAGUUUAUGCUCUGCCUGAAGACAUAGUGGAGGUGAACCCCAAAAUGGUGAUGACCAUCUUUGCUUGUCUGAUGGGACGAGGUAUGAAGAAGGUCUAAACCAGGUGUACACCAGAUCAAACUAGGUCUAAACCAGGUCCAAAACCAGUAUAAACUGGGUCAAAACGAUAUCUAAUCCAGGUCUAAACAAGGUCUGAACCAGAUCUAUACCAGGUCUAAACUGGGUUUAAACCAGGUCUAAACCAGGCCUAAACCAGGCCUAAACCAGGUCAAAACUAGGUCUACACCAGGUCUACAUCAGAUCUAUACCAGGUCUAAACCAGGUCUAAACCAGGUCUAAACCAGGUCUAAACCAGGUCUAAACCAGGUCUAAACCAGGUCUAGACCAGGUCUAGACCAGGUCUAGACCAGGUCUAGACCAGGUCUAAACCUGGCCAAAAUGAGAGCUAACCUAAAUAUAUUUUUACAUAUUUCAAUUUCUAGGAUUUUCUUUGCAUUUCAUAACUGAGGUAUGAAAUUGAGACCGCUGGAUUCCAUACAUAGAUUUGGUCAUGUCCUUAAAGACAAGGAGGUGCCAGAUCCUCCACCCAAAAUGUUGCAUAGUUAACCUUUAAAAUAUACUAAUUUCUCUGUCUUGUCCACAUUGUGUUUUCAAAAUUACAUUACAAACUAGAUUUUAUUAACUUGUCAUUCAAUCUUUUAAUACAUUAGUGGAUGAAUGUGUAGCCUUAUUUUUUUAAAUAGGCCAUACUGAAUUAAAUACUUAUUAGAUCCCAAGGAGCACUUUUUUGUGUUUAUCAAACUGAGCAAAUGGUCAAUUUCCUGCCUAACUGUGAUACUAUCAAUACAAUACUGCUUACUAUCAAACAAGGGAUGUCUAAUAAAGUUUUUUUCAGAA